GAUAGCCACACUCCCGAAGACACACACACACACACACACACACACACACACACACACACACACACACAUACAGUCAUAGGUGCAUGCUUGUGCAUUGUACAUAGCAACACACACAAACAACAGACACACACUCACACAAACACUAGCAAAAGUAAACAAAUAUUGGGAACGGCAAACUGUCACAUCCAGAGAUCACCCUGGACAACAGGAAAUGAUGAUGGCGUAGGAACCGAAGAUGCUGAUUGGUGUGGAAGGGCUUUAGCCUGGCCUAUAAAACGGCUCCAGUGAAGUGGACAUGAAUAUCGAGAGGGAAAGAACAACACUCACAAUUUCAAAGCACUGGAAUUUCAUCAGUCGAGUUUGCCCCAAAGAGAAGAUGCUGAGCUGGAGCUGGCUGUUUCUCUGCUGCCUGCCUGUGGUCGCUCUUCCACUCCAAGAGGACGAGCCUGACACCCUCUCUCAGAGUCGGACAGAAUCCCAUGUUUGGCCCCGUAAGGCCAUUUUGCCUGGUGAAGCUCCACCACAGCAAAGUCAUUCAGGGGACGCUGUGGCCCCCAGGAGGACUGAGAGCUUCCCUGGAAGUAACACACCACUAGACCGCUUAUCCAUCAGCCCUGUGGACCCCAAGAGAAGCCGACAAAGGAGGAUAAAAGGAGGCCAGAAGAGAAGAAAUGGCCGAGUUGAUCAAGCACAGAACCCUCUCAACCAGGUCAGAAGCAGACAGUCUGGACAAGCAGACUUGAUCAGGAUUACUGAGAGUGACCCUGCUGACCAGACAAAGACUGGGAGCAGAACCUCCACUGACCAGCCCAAUGUCCGAGAUGGUCUGCCAGGAGACUCUGUUAAGACUGGAAUUAACACCCCCAGGAGCAGAAUCCACACAGGAUUUGGUAGUCCCAUUGACCGAAUUGGAAUCAGCCAGUUCCCAAGCAGAAAGGGUUAAAUAGUGAGGUUACUGCACUUAGUGGGCUAGUUUGUCAACUAUACACAGGCUUUCAUAUAAUUCUUCACCAUAGAACCGUUCUAACUCAUCAACUUCAAAAAUGAUAUAUGUACAACUGGACAGAUUAUUGAGUUGUUCUGUUUUUCAUAGAAAUUCACAGUGAGGAGAAGCAUACAGGAAAAUAACAUAUAACAAAGAGACGAAAGGUUUUGAGUAUUUGCCUUUGUAAAGACGUUGUAAAAGUAAAAGUAAAAGCACUGGUUUAUACGGAUGAAUGUGGCACUUAAUAAAAUUAAACGAAAAUAAAUUUCUCAACGGAACAUUUUAUUAUGACAAUUUUGUUAUGACACUAUCAUAUUAGAGACAACACAAUCGUG